AUGCGGUACAGGAACUGGGAUGUCCUUCUUUUCCCCGGAGGUUCGAAGGUUCCUAUCCAAGAGUUCAAAACACAAUGCUUUGUGACUAAGGAUAAAGACUCACCCUACCUACACAAUGCGGUCUUUCUUGGCCCUCAUGCACACCUUCCUGAGCAAGGAGUCUUCAAUCAGCUUCCAGUCCUCACAACGUUUAUCCCGAGUUUGCCCAAGGAUAGUCCGUUCCAAGUCUCGGUUCAUAGUUGGGAAAAACCACGCCCCAGUGUCCAGAUCGAGUCCAAUAUGGAACCAGAGGACAUUUUGCUCUUCGAGGUGCGGCUCUUCAUUGAUGGGGUCUUUGUUGCGGGCAGCCUCUAUGGACAGAGAACUAUUUGGCCACAGAUUAUGGUCCAAGCAGGUCUUGACCGAGAUGGAAACCAAGACGCCCUUCGAUUCCCUCCCUUUCAUUCUGAGAUACUACAGCAGAAGCAUUGGGAUGCCGGUGAUUCUCAAGGUAGAAUCAAGAUUGUCAUUGCAGAAGGGUUCUCUCGCCCCAAUCGCACGCCCCCCUUCGAGCGCUACAAGCAUGUCAUUGUUUUCUCCUUCCAACAUGCGCCACUAGAUGUGCUGGAAUUCUCCGACAUUGCUUGGCCAAAUCCCAAAAUGUGGCUUGCUAUGCCCAAUGGAUCCCGGUACGGACAGGCAGCACGAUACGGCACCUCCAAGGUAGCUGGCGAUGGCGCUCAUGGGCAUUCACCAAGCAGACCCGACAGACCCGAACAUCGAAUUACAAUCACGGCUAACACAAGUAGCCAAUCCAGCAGCAAUGCAGCUACUUACAGCGGCAGUACCCCAUCAACUUACAAUGCCUGGACCCCACACCGUGGGUUUCCCAUCCCUUCCACACAGUGGAACGGCUAUCCACAAGAGCCUCGAUGGGAGCCACAGGAUACAUACAUCGUGGAACCUGGUAUGGAUGCCUUCAUUGAUGAUACAGCAUGGCGGCAGCGAGGUGCUCGAUCCUCUCGCGAGGACGUCCCAAUGCCAGACUAUGUUUCUACAGGAUCAACCAGCAGCCGGGCCAUCUCGAGUGUGACCGGGAUGAGCUAUGAACACAGCAAGCAGCCCAGCAUUAAUUCCUGUCUUGACGAUGAACAAUACAACGAACUGAUCCAAGCUUUGACUCCAACGAAGGUGCCUCCUGUGGGAACUCGCGCACCCUCUAAUACUCCCUCCACUGCGAUGUCUGCCCCAAAGCCUUCUGCAGCAGCCGAAGCUCGUUCUGCAAGCUACAAGUCUCGGAAUCGCCGUUCUUCCGCACUCAGGGAGAUAUCACAACCAAGCACCCGCGAUGUUUCAGGAUCGAGUGAGCCCAGGGACUUGACUCCAUCCAAGGUUGGGGCGAGCCCAAGCGAAAGAGUCCGGAGCAAAAAGGAGAAUCAGAAAGAGGCCAACCAGGAGACCCCCAAAGCGAAGUCUAAGGGCAAAGACACCGCGAAGGUGAACCGUAGCUCCAAGGAUGUCGACAAUGCGGACGAGAAUGAGUCGAUAUUGUAG